CCGCUGCUCCCGGAGCCCCGCGAUGCUCCGCCGCCGCCUGCCCUUGCUCGGGCCCGGGCUGCUGCUGCUGCAGACGGUGUGUGCUGGGGGUCACGUCGCCAAGACCUUGGGGUACCUAGAGAUGGGCACCUCCGGUCUCCUCAAGGACGUCCCCUACGGCACCCUGAAGCCCCCAGCACUCGACCCCGGGCGGCUGAUCCCGGCAGAGCCUCCCCGGGGUGCGGGGACACCUGCGGGCACCGGCCGGAGCCCCUGGGACUGGCAGAAGAACCAGACGGCUGGGGAGCUGCUGAGCCCCCGCGCCCACCGCAAGCCCACCCUCAAGUCGAGCCGCACCAAGAAGAUUUUUGGGUGGGGCGACUUCUACUUCAACAUCAAGACGCUCAAGUUCAGCCUCCUGGUGACGGGCAAGAUCGUCGACCACAUCAACGGCACCUUCAGCGUCUACUUCCGACACAACUCCUCCAGCCUGGGCAACGUCUCCGUCAGCAUCGUGCCCCCCUCCAAGGCGGUGGGUUUCGAGGUGCUGGUGCCCGGCCCCCCACCCCUGCCACGGCCACUGCCCCCUCCCCAGCAGAGCACCCUGCCCGAGGGGCGCCCGGCCAAGGCGCUCAACUGCCACGUGGAGUACGAGAAGACGAACCGGGCGCGGAAGAACAAGCCGUGCCUGUACGACCCGUCCAAGGUGUGCUUCACGGAGCACACGCAGAGCCACGCGGCCUGGCUCUGCGCCAAGCCCUUCAAGGUCAUCUGCAUCUUCAUCUCCUUCCUCAGCAUCGACUACAAGCUGGUCCAGAAGGUCUGUCCCGACUACAACUUCCAGCACGACAACCCCUACUUCGGCUGACGGCAGUGGAGCAGGGGAUGGGUGGGGGAUGGGGGGUUGCAGUGUCCCCGUCGUCACUCGGGCCCCCCCUGUCACCCCCAUGCCGGCCCCCUCUUCAUCACUGGAGCAUCUCUGUGCUGGGCUGUGGGACAGCCAGUGCUGAGGGUCCUGGACCCCUCCAAUGACAUCCCAUCCCUGGGAUUCAGUUGGCUCUGGGGGCUGCAGAUUCCCCUCCACCCCCCCCCCCCCCCCCCCCCAAUGCCAUCCCAUCCCUGCAGCAUCCUUGCACCACAGUGGGGUACAGCCAGUGCUGGGGGUCCCCAACACCCACUGAGACCCCAUCACUGAGUACCCUAUACUGGGUUAGAGCCAGUGCUGGGGGUCCCAGUUCCCCCCCAGUGACAUCCCAUCACUGGGGGUAGAGCCGGUGCUGGGGGUCCCGGACCCCACCCACUGAGACCCCACCACUGGGGUUCACCUGUACCUGGGGGUCCCCCCACCCACUGAGACCCCACCACUGGGGUUCACCUGUACCUGGGGGUCCCCCCACCCACUGAGACCCCACCACUGGGGUUCACCUGUACCUGGGGGUCCCCCACCCACUGAGACCCCCCCCCCCACCCACUGAAACUCCAUCACCACCCCACCCGGCUACAACUGGUGCUGGGGGUUGCGGCCCCCCCACCCACUGACACCCCUCCUACUGCAGCUGGGGGGGUGCAGGCAUGGAGCCCCCCCUUGCUGGGGGCUGGGCUGGGGUCCCUGGCAGUGUGGGGGUGUAUUGGGGGGCACAGCCCCAUGCGAUGUCACCUCCGGGGUGUCGCAGGCGGUACGGGGUGGGGGUGUCAAGGUGCUGGCGGGGGGGGGCUCAGUCCUCGCCCCAUACACUGGGGGGGCUCUGCAGCCUCCCAGCCGUGCACACCUAUGUGUGUGACACACCUGUCCAGCCCAGACCACGCGUGUGCAAGGGCCCCACCCAGGCAUUCUGGAGCCCCCCCCUCCACUGGCCACCCUCCGGUGCCACAUCCGUGCCCCCGGUGGCCCAUGGACAUCCCCCCCCCCCCCCAAACUCCAUGGGGACCCCCCCCCCAGGCGUGCAGCCCCUCCACCCCAAGCCGUGAAGCCGUGAAGAAGUGCCAGGUGGCGGUGAGGGAUGCGAUGGGGGGGUUCCCGGGGGUGCCCCCUCCUCUCGGGGAGGGGAUUGUUCACCUUUUUUUUUCUUUUUUUUUUUUUAAGAAAAUUAAAAUGGAAAAAAAGUGAAAAAUA